AUGACAUUAUUAAAUAUAAUUACUCAUUUAAAUAAUAAUAAUAAUAAUCAUAAUAAUUAUAAUUAUAAUAAUAUAAAUAAUGAUAAUGAUAUAAUAAUAAACAAUUACCGAAAUAAUGAAAUAUCUAUAGCACUAUCGGCAAGAGUAUCCUUCAAACCUUUUUUAUAUUCAAUUUUUCCUCUUAGUUAUAAAAAUUAA